UGUCCUUCUUCGAGCGUUUGUCAAAUCCCAGACUGCCGAGACAACGUGGACUCGAAGCAGCCUCGCUGAAAGCUCCUCUCCCGGUCGGACAAGUGCGACUGGUGCACAACGAGGGCAGAGUUUCCGUCCGGCUAAUCAGGAGUCUUCGUGUUUUAUUUAUAAACUGCGCCGAGAAAGUAGCUUAGCGGAGCUAGCUGGGAGCUUCUGCGGGGUUGUUGCAUGUUGCAGGGGGUUGAGGAGCAGUAGUUAGCUUUAGCCGCCACCGCUCUGAAUUGUGCCGCAGGUCAGACUCAGAGGAGGAGACCUGCUCGUUGACGAUGACUGCAGAGGAGCAGACGGGUGAAGGACAACACGCCAUCCCGAUGGAGGGAGAGGACAUCACACCAAAGAGAGACGGGGGCGUUUUAAAGCUAGUGAAAAGGGAAGGUACAGGCACAGAGUUGCCCAUGACUGGUGACAAGGUGUUUGUACAUUAUGUCGGCACCCUCACGGACGGUACUCAUUUUGACUCGAGCAGAGACAGAGGAGAGAAGUUUUCCUUCGAGUUAGGCAAAGGUCAGGUAAUAAAGGCGUGGGACAUCGGUGUAGCCACAAUGAAAGUGGGGGAGUUGAGUCAGCUCGUCUGUAAGCCAGAGUAUGCUUACGGAUCUGCAGGCAGCCCACCCAAGAUACCCCCCAAUGCCACUCUUGUUUUUGAGGUGGAACUGUUUGAAUUCCGAGGCGAGGACAUAACUGAGGAUGAGGAUGGAGGAAUCAUCCGUCGCAUCAUCACUAAAGGCCAGGGCUAUUCCAAGCCUAACGAAGGAGCUGCUGUUGAAGUUACCGUGGAGGGCAUCUGUGAUGGAACUGUGUUUGACGAGAGAGAAUUGAAAUUUGAAAUCGGUGAAGGAGAGGGUCUUGGCUUGCCAGCUGGAGUGGAGAAAGCUAUCAUGGCUAUGGAGGAGGGAGAGGAGGCUCUCUUCAAUAUCAAGCCCAAGUACGGCUUUGGGAAUGCAGGAAAUGCAAAGUAUAACAUUCCUGGUGGCGCAAUGCUGCAAUACAAGAUUAAGCUGACUGCUUUCGAGAAGGCCAAAGAAUCAUGGGAGAUGAACACGGUUGAGAAGCUGGAACAAAGCAGCAUUGUUAAAGAGAAGGGAACACAGUAUUUCAAGGAGGGAAAAUACAAGCAGGCAUCGGUUCAGUAUAAAAGGAUUGUGUCAUGGCUGGAACAUGAAUCUGGUUUGUCGGAGGAGGACGAGAAGAAAGCAAAAGCUUUGCGGCUGGCUGCACAUUUGAAUUUGGCCAUGUGCUUCCUUAAACUACAGGAGCCAAACCAAGCCCUAGAAAGUUGUGACAAGGCUCUGGAAUUAGAUGCAUCCAAUGAGAAGGCUUUGUUCCGAAGGGGAGAGGCGCUGUUUGCAAUGAAGGAGUUUGACAUGGCAAGAGAUGACUUUCAACGAGUUGUUCAACUGUAUCCUGCCAACAAGGCUGCCAAGAGCCAGUUGGCUCUUUGUCAGAAACGUAUCAAGGAGCAGCACCAGAAGGACAAACUCAUCUAUGCCAACAUGUUCCAGAAAUUUGCAGACAGGGAUUCAAAGAAAGAAGCAGUGAAGCCGAAGAGUGAGAGCAAGGAGAAUGGCAAUGAUGAGAUGGAGGUCGAGAACGGGGAGAAGGAAGUUGCGAGUGAAGAGAAAGCAUAGAUGAGGGUGUGGCUGCAUUACGGUUCAUCUUCAGUACUUCAGACUUUUGUAACUUCAGCUGUUUGUGUGUGUGUGUGUGUGUGUGUGUGUGUGUGUGUGUGUGUGUGUGUGUGUGUGUGUGUGUGUGUGUGUGUGUGUGUGUGUGUGUGUGUGUGUGUGUGUGUGUGUGUGUGUGUGUGUGUGUGUGUGUGUGUGUGUGUGUGUGUGUGUGUGUUUGAAAUGUCUGUAUGAGAACGACUGUCACACAAGAGCACUGACUUGGGGCGUGUCUUCGCUGGCUUUCUUUGUGUCCGGGCUUCUUGCUACGGCAGCUAGCUGAGUGGGUGGGAGACUCGCCUGCCGACGUCAUGGGGACAUGGAUUUAAUGAAUUAAUCGAUUGCCACCACCUCACCCCUGAACCCCCUCGAUCCACAGCGUUGAACUGUGCACGUGUUUUCACACCGCUUUGGGAAAGAAAAAAAGGUGCAUCCUAACUGCUAUGUGCAGAAAUUCAAACUCACCCGUCAAGGGCUAGAACAUUCACCUUGCACCACCUUUCAUCGUUUACCGUUCUCACCUUUUUUUUGCCAUCCAUCCAAUCCAUCUCCUCAUGGGCCUUCUGAUCAAAUCCCGGAGUUGUGAUGGCUGUGUUCAUAGAUGUGACGUGUCUGAAUGUUAGUGUCGUGUCCCAUUGUAGAAAUGUAGCAGCACUGUGGAUAGGAGGAAUAACUAGACCUUUUCCUGGAAUAGCUGUCGGAGUUAGUCUAAAGACGGCGCUCCCCGUGGCCCAGAGGGUACAGGACUGUUCACAUUUGCUUUGAUUUUGUACUUUUUACCCCCGCCCCCCCAAGUAUUGUGCUCGUUAUUUCUGUAUUGUUCUCAAAAUGAUGAAUACAACCAAUUACUUAACUGGAAUAUGUGCAUUUUAAAGCAGCUACAGUAGAAAGGACCUUAAAUUAGCUUCUCCUGGACAAGCUCGAGUAAUAAACAGUUUAGUCUUAAUUUACUAUAAAAAGUACAUAUAUGAUCAUGUGCAUAUACGGCUCAUCAGAAUCAGUUUUAAUGCAGGGCUGUGGGUCGUGUGUUGAGUUUAUCUGUAUUUGUUGGAAACGUCACUGUCCUGCCCUGACAGAAGGAUAUAAUAAACGACUUACAAGUUGA